ACACUCGCACAAAAGAAAAAAGAAAAAAACGUUGUGUCAUCAUGACGUGGAUGUUCAUUUUGGACACGUCCGAUUGGGCCCUUGGCCCACUAAGGGUUGCUUUUGGGUUUUGACAAUCACAAUUGACAACCCUUUUUGUCUAUGAAUGGAGAUUGACCGUUUUAUCCUUGAACGUGUCCAACAUGUUACAUACCUUUUCUUCCCAAACAAGCAUAUACCAAACCAAACCAAAACAAAUCGUCUACUACCAACUGGACUUAGCCACGUGGAACCAAUAGGAUGAAAUCGUAGAAUUACGAUAUCAUGGGCUUUCAAAGAAUUUGUACCGGAGUGGUAUAAUGAACAGAUAUGCCGGCCCAACAUCGGGCCCGUAAGCCCAUCCGGUAUAUCGAGAAGCCUGCAUCGAGCCGGUCGUCUUCUCAAACCCAAUCCAAACUUCCCCCAAAAAGAAAAAGGAGAAAAAGGAAAGAAUCGAUCAAUGGCGACUGAGUUGCUGCUGUUCUUGCCUUGUCGUUUACAGGCAGCUUCUCUCACUCGCCGCCACUUUCUCCACUCCUCGACAACAAAACCUCGGGCUGCCAAUCUCCAUCUCCUUCCUAUCCGCCUCACUCUCCGAUCGAAGUCAAUGAGCACCACUACAACUCCGGAGAUGGCGGAUUCAGAUCCGGCGAAGAACGCCGGCGGCGGCGGCGAGGAAGUGAUAGUCCAGUACGUGGUGCUGCGGCGAGACCUGAUCGAUACGUGGCCGAUGGGAAGCGUGGUGACGCAGGGAUGCCACGCCGCCGUGGCGGCCAUCUGGUCCCACAGGGACGACGCCGAAACUGUCCGGUACUGCGGGCCGGAGAACAUCGAUUCUAUGCACAAGGUGACGUUGGAGGUGAAAGGGGAAACGCAGAUGUUGAAUCUGGCGGAGAAGCUGAGAGGUGGAGGGAUUGCUCACAAGCUGUGGAUUGAACAGCCGGAGAACAUUCCCACCUGCAUUGCUACCAAGCCUUACCCUAAAUCCCAGGUGGCUUCGUUUUUCAAGAAGCUCAAGCUCUGCAAGUGAAGCGAGGAUGGAAUUUUUUUUUUUUGUUACAUUUUCGGCGACAUCAAUGCAAUGGC